AUGGGCAAGGAGUCUGCCGCCAUGGCCUUCGCUGCUUUCAAGGCGGAGUUGGAGCAGUUGCAGCUGGAGCAACACCUGCAAGAGGAGUUCAGGAAGAGGCGGGACGUGACCGUGCAGAAGCUGCAGAACUCCGCGGAGCAGCUGAGACAGGUCGGGGGCGACCCGAACAAGCUCAGCGCCCAACAGAAAGAAGAUUGGCAGGAGCAGGAGGUUCAGAGAGCGAAGCUGGACGCGGAAUUCGCUCAAGCCGCGAUGGGCCGGAAAGAUUUCAAUGCUAUGUACUAUGACCCAUUGACGCUGCUCCCGGGAAAGGCCUUCUAUGGUAAGCUGCUGGGGAUGCUGGAAGGAAGGCCGCUGGCCCUGGUGAUGGCGGCCGCACACUUGGAUAACUUCGACUUGGUGAAGGACCGCUGGUCCCAUGCCCGCGCUGACUACGCCCUCAUGCAGGUGGCAGACUGCAUGAACGAACACUGCAGGGCAUUCAACAGAGAACAAUCGAAGGCCGUCUGCGUGCCCUUCCGUGAUGGCGGCGACAGGCUUGCGAUAGCUUUCAUUUGGCACGAGGGGGGGGUUGCAUUCCUGAAGGACUUCUUGGAGGCGCUGCGCACGGCCGUCGCUUCUCGCCUGCGAAAGGUCCUCGACUCCAGUUCCCUGGACCCGAAGCCGCACGACCGCAAUGGCAAGGAGAUCAAGGCCCCAGGUCCGGGCAUCAGCAUCGCGGCAUCAGACAUAGAGAGCUGCAGCAAAUCGCUUCGGGAGCUCCACCGCCUCUACGUCCAAGCAGAGGAGCAUCUGAAUGAUGCCCAGCCAGAAGUAAGACAGGGAGAAGACCCCCAGGGCGGUGUGCAAGUGCAGGCAGAUCGCCCCGCAGGGAUCUCGUUUGAUUCUCUUCUCGAAGACUUUCAAAACUUUGCAGAUCCAGAGGUCCAGGAAAAGGCUGCACGCGAGCUCAGCAUUUGCGUCGGAACUGCCGGCGCCAUCCCGCUGCUGGUGCGGCUCCUGAGCAGCGGCACGCCUGAGGCUAGGGAAGUGGCCGUGGCAGCGCUCCGGAACCUGGCGGACCAUGACGACAACAUGAUUGCCAACGCAACUGCCGGCGCCAUUCUGCUGCUGGUGAAGCUUCUGAGCAGCGGUACGCCUGGGACUCGGAAAGUGGCCGCGCUCGCGCUCGCGAACCUGGCCAAGAACGACGACAACAUGAUUGCCAUCAGAAAAGCCGGAGCCAUCCCGCUGCUGGUGCAGCUCCUGAGCAGCGGCACGCCUGCGGCUCAGGCAAUGGCCGCCGGAGCACUCGGAAACCUGGCGGUCAAUGACGACAACGUGACUGCCAUCGCAACUGCCGGCGCCAUCCCGCUGCUGGUACAGCUCCUGAGCAGCGGCACUCCUGGGGCUCGGGCAUCGGCAGCGGGAGUGCUCCAGAACAUGGCGUACAAUGACGUCAACAAAGUUGCCAUCGCAACUGCCGGCGCCAUCCCGCUGCUGGUGCAGCUCCUGAGCGGCGGCACGCCUGCGGGUGGGGAAGCAGCAGCGGGAGCUCUCCGGAACCUGGCGGCCAACAACAACGACAACAAGAUUGCCGUCGCAACUGCCGGCGCCAUCCCGCUGCUGGUGCAGCUCCUGAGCGGCGGCACGCCUGCGGGUGGGGAAGCAGCAGCGGGAGCUCUCCGGAACCUGGCGGCCAAGAACAAGGACAACAGUAUUUCCAUCGCAACUGCCGGCGCCAUUCCGCUGCUGGUGCAGCUCCUGAGCAGCGGCACUCCUAGGGCUCGGGAAGUGGCCGUGGCAGCGCUCCGGAACAUGGCGGACAAUGACGAUAGCAUGAUUGCCAACGCAACUGCAGGCGCCAUCCCGCUGCUGGUGCAACUCCUGAGCAGCCACACGCCUGUGGCUCAGGAGGCCGCAGGAGCACUCGCGAACCUGGCCUUGGAUGACGACAACGUGAUUGCCAUCAGAAAUGCCGGAGCCAUUCCGCCGCUGGUGCAGCUCCUGAGCAGCGCCCUUCCUGAGGCCCAGGAGUUGGCCGCGGGAGCACUCCGGAACCUGGCGCUGAAUGACGAGAGCAAGAUUGCCAUCAGAGAUGCCGGAGCCAUCCACCCGCUCGUGCAGCUGAUGAACAGCAGCAGGCCUAAGGCUGAGGAGGAGGCCUAUCAAGCACUUCAUAUUCUGUCCUUCAAUCACGACAACAUGAGGGCCAUCAAGAAGGCCGGAGCCGUCCCUCGGCUUGCAGAGCUCUACCACAAGAGCCAGCACCAGGAUUCUUGA